AUGCCUGUAGUAUUGCCAACCAGGUCAAAUAAGAGAUUCAGGGCAGAGGAUUCAGAAGUACUCCCAGAGCAAUUACAAUGGGAAAUCCUGAAAUUGCUCCCUGUGAAAUCCCUGAUGCGAUUCAAGGGCGUGUCUGUGACUUGGUAUUCCAUUAUCAAUGAUCCAGCCUUUGCCAAAGUCUACGGUGGCGGCUCACGAGGUCUUCUAUCCUAUGAACAAAAUUUAAAUGGCUUCUCCUCCCACAGCACUAAUGUCUACUUCUCUCCCCUUGUCGGUCCCAGCAGUCACUUUUCUAACUUCAUCAUCCUUAAGAAGGGAUGGCGUGUUACAAACAUUGUUAAUGGCCUGGUGGCUAUGUCUCGAGUUGGCUACACAGAUGGAGUUCUUUACUGGUGGAACAAUUACAAUGGGGCCGUAACUGAAGUCCGGGAUCAAUUUUUGAUUGUAUGUCAUCUUCAUAAGGAGACUUUCGGGUUCAUUCGGUUAAUGGCACCGGAUCUUAGUAACAAAUAUCAUCUUCCCAAAUUUGGCCCUCUGGCUAUGAUGUAUCCGUUUAUUGGCAAGAGUGGAAUGAGACAAGGAUCAGUUGUGCGUCACAUUUACAGGCGAAAUCCCGCAAGGAAAGUAGUGGAUAAUGUUUGGGUUAAGGAGGAUUUAUUUGUUCAACCAUCUCAAGCAUUUACCACUGUUUGCUUUGAGGAAAUACUUCCCAAUGGGAAAGUGUUAAUAUCUCAUCCUGAUAACUUUCCAGCUUCAUUAUACUUGUUUGAUCCAAUGAAGAGGGAGACACAGGCACAAGAGAUUUCAAUUGAAGCAGGUCCAUCAUUCCCCAAACAUGUCAAUUGGUCUCGAUUUGUUCGGUGCUAUUAUGAAGAGAAUAUAAUCUCCUUAAAGUGUUUAAUUUCUGCACCUGAGCACUAUGCAACUUUAGGAUUUGAUUCUCAAUGCCCGGUUCAAUAUGUAAUGCCUUUCGGGAUUUGA